AUUGCUUUGGGCCUCUACAUAAGCAAAACAUCUAUCCACCUUAUUUGGCAAGUCUAUAUAUUCAACUCUUCUUGCUCACCUCUUUCACCUUUGUCCACUUCACCAAAUAACAAACAAACGCCAAGCACAAGCGCCCAACAGUCCAUCACCGAGACCGCUCGUUGUCCUCUAUAUACCAACUUCAGCUCCUCUGUUUUAUCAGCCACAUAAUCAAAAUGUCUGACGACUGGAACUCCGUCACCAAGAUUGGUAGCCGUGUCCGCGGCGGCGCUUCUGGGCCUCGCGAGACCGUAGUCAAGGGCAAAUCAGCGCUGAAUGCCGCGCAGCGAAGCGGUGGUAUCAUUGCCACAGAGAAGAAGUUCGCCUCAGCCAACGCAGGUGGCUCAUCAGAAGGUCAACGUCUUACCAAAGUUGACCGCUCCGACGACAUUGUUAAGCCCAAGACCGUUGGCACCGCUGUCGGUCAGGCCAUAUCAAAGGCGCGUUCCGAGGCGAAGAACGACAAGGGCACUACAAUGACACAAAAGGAUUUGGCUACAAAGUGCAACACCACACCCACUAUCGUAGCAGACUUUGAGCGCGGCACUGCUGCGCCAGAUCAGAAGUUGCUGGCGACUAUGGAGCGUGUGCUCAAUGUCAUCCUGCGGGGUGACAAGAUUGGACAGCCCAAGUUCCCAAACAAGAAGAAAUGAGCGACUCUUUGUUUCGGCUUCGGCCUGGGCGCUGGAAUGCGACUAGGCUGGAGAUCCAGCAGAUUUCUUUGCUCAGAAACGUGGCCACGGCUACAAUAAGUCUCUUCUGAAUUAGCGGGCUUGGGAUGGGCGUUUGAUGGAUAUCACGAUGUAGCUCCCUUUUGGUGCGAAGCAUAUCAUAGCUCUGGUCUUGCCUGUACUGCACAGGCUGUGAUAGCCAGCUUAUACUGAGCGGCACUGGAUGCUAAAUAAAAUCCACUCUUAUGAAUUCAUAUAUUUCUGACGU